AUUCAACGGCUCGGAGAAGUUACAUUGUUUGAAGAGAUAUAUUUUGUGAUUUUGUUUUGUGGAAGCUCGAAGUGGCAACGUAAAAAUCAGGAAUGGCAGAUCCCACGACACUACUAAACCAUGCCGACAUGGGCAACGAUACCAACACAUCACAGAUUACCAGCAAAACCGUAAAGAGAUUGCUCGAAUCGCCGAACGACAAUACCAAUCACUUCGGACAACAGCCUGCAACAAAGCUGAUAAAAAUAGAUGAUCGUGAAAAUGCUUCGCCAUUGAAACCCAAUUUAUCGGGCAUAAAAAGUUCACUACAUGGCAUAUCUUACCAACUGAAGCUUUGCAUAGUUAUGUGCCUAGCAAAUGCGAAAAAGCAGAUGAUACAAGAUCCAGCCAACAUAUUUUCCUUUAAGCUCACAGCAGAGGAUCCCGCAGCCGGAAAAUUCGACGACAUUGUGUUUGGAUUCGAGGACGGAGAAAUAGAAGGAACAUUCAAAAUUCAAGCCAAACACAAACUCGACUCACCAUCUCAGCGGCUUACUCUCAACGAUUUUAUCACAGAGCGGGUUACUAACAACCCCUUUGCUAUUUUGCAAUAUUUGACUUCGUUCUAUGAUCAAGGCAACUUGAUGGCAGAUAAGGAAAGGUUGAUCCUUUGCACCAACGUAGACGUGAGUGAUAGUGCUAAGGAAAUAUGGAAACUGAUGAUGACUGAUGAUGGUUCAACGAGAACGCUUGAUGAUUAUAUCUUAACACUAUUCUCAAAAAUAGGAGCUAAAUGCUAUCGACUUGAUAAUGACAAGCCGGGGGGAAGUAGACUUGAAGAAUUCCGUCAAAAUUUGCAGAAGUGUUCUAAGCUUUCGCGGUUAGCCGUGUUACUAAGUUAUGCUACUGUAUCGAAAGAACAUAAAAUAACCCAGAAUAAUAACCUUUUUAAAAAGUAUCGUAAACCCAUCUCUGGUAUAAUUGAUUCAUCCACAAACUCUAGCAAUGGUACAUAUAAGUUUACAAAAGAAUUUUUAGAUUCCUCGUCCACUGCUACAACAUCAGACUAUAAAGCAUUCCGAAAGGAAUUUGAAUUACAGUACAAACGUAUACUAGAGAAAGAUCCAUCCUGUGAUAUUUGGAAUGAAUUGAAAUUAAAAGAAAAGAUGUGGUAG